CUGCAGCAGGAUCCGUUCACCGGCAGCACCAUGGAGGAGGAAGCCGAGCCAGAGCCCCUCUUCCCCUCAGACAGCUACGCCGCCGAGGCCUUGGCAGCGGACAUGGACCCCUGGAUCGUGUUCGACGCCAGAAGGACUCCCAGGUCCGAGUUUGACGGCUGGCUGGAGAGCAACAGACCAUCGCAGGUGCACCGCUUCGGUAACGAGCAGAGCGGCCUGGGUCCGGUGGGCUGGAUCUCCAUACUGGGUCCAAACCACACCCCCGACCCGGAGGACGUGACGGGCCUCCAGGAGAGCUGGGAGAAGCUGCUGGCGAGUUCCCGGCCGGUCACCUUCCAGACCGUGAAGGAGCUGGCCCUCAACCACAGGGUGUUGUCCGGGAAGUGGCUCAUGUACCUGGACACCGGCUUCAAAGUGGAUCACGCGUGGGAGUGCGUGGCCAGAGCGACCUUAGAUGGCAGAAUCCGCAGCGCUAAAGUGAGUCCCUAUGAUCCCAACGGUGAUCCCAGGCAUGUGAUCUGCGUCUAUAACCAGGACUUCACAGAUGAAGGGGAGGUUGUUGGGCUGGACUCCUUCAUCCGGGCCUCAGGGGUCAAAUGUCAGCUCUCCUAUAAGCCAGAUGUUUACACCUACCUGGGAAUCUACAGGAACAACCGCUGGAAGCUCUGCCCCACCAUCUAUGAGAGCAAGUUUGACUUGGAGUGCGUUCCCAGGCGCUCUCACAUCAUCAACAAAGUCACCAACCUGGAAGUCACAUAAAGGAGAAAAGGCCUUUUCUGGACCCGUUUGAUGGGAUUUAAUCUCAGAUCAUUUUUCUUUUCUGUUAAAACAAACAUUUGAUGCAUAUUUUGUGACUUCUUUGUCUGGUUUCAGGUUGGAUUUAAAUGCAUGAUUUCAGUUUACUUUCACCAAGUUAGAGAUCUUAAAAUCCAACAUUUAAGAGUUCAGCGUUUACAAAUAAAAACACGCAUUUGAAAACAGUUUUUUUCCUCUAUACAUGUUUGUGGUUUUUAUUUGCAAAAGAAAAAACCUUUUUGGAAUCUAGACAGAGUUAGUCAUUCAUCGGAUACAUCUGAUAAGAUAUAUAUGUACAAAAACUGAAUUAUACAUUGAACUAAACGUGUCGCUACAGUCUGAAACGUGAGUUUUACCACAGUCUGUGUUCAUGUACAAAAAAAACAAAACAAAAACAGCUGUCAGAUGAGCAGAGGAGUAAAUCCUCGGUUUAGUUAGCAUACAGUUAUUUACAUGUAGCCCUUCAUUUGGUUUCCUGCCACUUUCCGUUCAAAUUAGGCACAUAAAUCUGGAUUAUCACCAAACAUAAUCAAUACUUAUAAUGAAAUCCGCCCAGAUCAUCGUUUCGUCGCUGGAUAGAAGCGUUGAUGGAUUUCUAU